GAUCUAGUCAGUUGACAAGGCAAAACACGGCAGUAGCUCAGAAAGACGGCCGAUAUGGACCUUCAUCGGGUGGACAGGGUGGGCCUGCUGUCUCCCCUGGAGGAGUCCAGCGCUGAGAUCAGCAGAGACAGCGGCAUCGUCUCACAAAGUGCGAGCAGUCUGUCCAUGGUGAGCGAAAUCCUCAGCAGCGGCACCGUGUCGCAGAGCCCCAGCUUUGGCGCAGCAGCCAACGUUAUCUCUCAGAGCCCCAGCCUCAACGAAGCAGCGGAGCCCGGGACCCCCGAGCAGCGGACCCCCGAGGAGCGGUCCCCGGAGCAGGACGAGGAACUGAGACACACCGCCCUCAGCUACUCCUCCUACAUCAAGGCGACAGCUGGAGAAGAGAUCCUGUGCUUGGACAAGAGCUUGGAAGAAAUGCUGACAAGAGUGGAUGAGUUUGUUGGAAUGCUAGAUAUGAUCCGUAACGAUACCUCCCAGAUAGUAAAUGAAAACCUACCUCAAAUCCAGCAGAAGUCGGAUGAAAUGAGACAAAUAUACAGAAGAAUUGAUAAGCUGGAGGCCUUUGUAAAGAUGGUGGGAACCAACGUCAACGAGAUGGAGGAUCAGGUCACACUGGCAGAGGGAGAACUAGGAACGCUACCCGGUGCUUUCAAGAAGAUCUUCCGCAGUGUCCCAGGCUUCUUAAAUAAACCGACCAGCCCAAGAAGAACAGCACCACAUCAGCGUCAAGAAAUCCCCAGCGUGUUCCAGACAGACGAUUAUUUCACAUCACAGCCAGAGCAGUGACAUGCGAGAACAUUGAACACAACACUUGGUUCUAACCUCAGAGGCCUGUUGGGUGAAGACUGUAGAGACUACUUUUACUGCCAUCCAUUGCAAAGGAGCUAUUGGUGCAUGGGCCUCGACAAAGCAAUAGUAGCCUUUCUGAACAAGUCACUGGAAGUCAAGUGCGGGAAGACAUUCUGCAUUUUUUGAGUGUCAUUUUCCUGGCAGCAACAAUCACUGAACUGUAGCAAAAUGUUUUUAAAAGUGCCUAAAUGGGUCUUAUCUCUGUCACGCUUGUUUUCGCCAUUUAUGUGGAAAAUAAUGUCAGAUGUUUGAUUUGAUUUGAAGUCAGGAGGACUAAGGAAUCCCCCUUGCCAAUAGGACACUGUAACCAAGGUACAAUUGGAGGAACUGUAAAGAUCUUAAAAUGUAUUACAAAAAGAAUUAACCCAGCUUUUUUAUAAAUAACAUUCCUGUUGUGUUUGUAAAGAAGACCUGCACGCUGUUAUUAAUUCAUCUGUAUUUCUAAUGUCUCAUCACUCUCCCUGACGCAAUAUGGAUCUCCUCUAGUAAAGCAUUUAAUGUCUUCCAUUUCAGGAAAAUUACAUUAUUGAUAGCCUGACUGUAUGGCUAUGUGGGACAUUUGCCUAAAUGAUAUUGGGCUAUAUCUUUGAUAGCACCUUUUAAAAUAAAGCACACUUUAGAUGAUUGGUUAGUUCGUAGUUCAUGUGAUUCAGUUUAGUAACUUUAACUGGAGAAAGCUUUAAUCUCGUCCUUGGGAGACAACUGUACCUAAUAAGAGAUGUGACGUCACCUUACCCAUCCAACAAUCAAUGGCUAAAGCUAUGGUUUAUUAUUUGAUUAAUUGUUUGCCAAAUAGUUCAAAAUAAAGACGUUUCAUUUACAGGUUGAUCUUGGUUUAUGUUUUUUUAAAUAAUCAUUAAAGAUUUGUUGUCCAAUGUU